CUGUGCCUCUGAAGUCCUAACACCAUCUUUUUCUAUCAUAAACAUUUGAACCUGUUGGUGCCUUGCAAGCAAAUCAAAUUUCUAAAGAAACUCUUUUGUGAGGGUGAGUGUAAUGGCUCAUUCGUUAGCCUCUUCAUUGCAGCUUUCUGUAGCUGCUUUCUCAACAAGAACCUCUAAACAAAGGAACUACCAAUGCUCAGGGAUUCAGAGAAUCAGAUGUGACCACCUGAGUUGGAAUUAUCAAACAUUAGAUGGUAAAUCAGAAACCCAAUCCGCUAUCGGUCGGAGGAUUCUUGUUGGGGGAUUCACCGGGGCGAUAUUGAGCUUGAACGUCGGUAACCAAACUGCAAAUGCGGCUCAGAGAAGACCGCCACCAAAGCCUCCGGCUGAGAAGAAAGACCCGAAUGUUAGCGGUGUUACUGCGAAAGUUCUUGCCAGUAUGAAGAGGAAAGAAGCCAUGAAAGAAGCCGUGGCAAAAUUAAGAGAGCGAGGAAAGAAAAUCGAGGGAGUGUCCGAGUAACAAGUUACAAAUCAACAAAUUGUAUGUUUAUGAUUAUGAAUGACCCUAUAUUGAUUCAACUACAACAAUUACUCUCUAUAUUUUUUUGUUAUGAAGUUAAAUUCAUGAUUGGGGAUUCAAAUUUUAUUGUUCUUUA